AUGAAUUCUGAUGGAAACAAUGAAGAGUGUUUGGUGGAACAACUUCGCAAAGAAUUGCGUGACUUGACAUGGGAAGAGGAAGAGACAAAGCAGAUGUUAAAAAAGCAGCGAUACAAAAAUGAAGAAGCCAAAAAGGAAAGAAAUGAAAUUAAAUUAAUCUUGGAAAAGGAGGAGAUGAAAAUUGCAAUGAAGGAAGAAGAAUUAAAACAUUUUCGAGCUCGGGUACAGUUACGAUGUGAAAAGGUUGAGAACAUGCGCCAACAAAUCAUUGUAAAGCAGAUGAGAAAAGCAGAAGCUGAAGAACAGAUUGAAGAAUUGAAAAAGACUCUGGAAGAAGUAAAGGUGAAAGUAAAGGUCGAUCAGCAACUUCUCAUAGAUCGUUUGAAAGCUGUUCAAAACAAAUUACUAAAUGCUUCUUGGGUUAUUUCACGUCGUAAGGAAGAAGAAGAAUUGGCUGGUCUUCAUAAACAAAUUGAAGAGGCUCGUGUGAAGAAAGAGAGACUUUUACAAUCCAUUCAAGAGAAAGAAGCCAUUUUUGCAGAAAGCCGUGAGCUACCAUUCACAAAUUUCUGUGUAGCGGUCGCUGCUAUAGCACUGAAAAAUCAUGCCCUUUUGAAAAAGUUGGCACAAGAAUAUGUCAUUAUUGCACAGCUUACACAAGAAUUGUCAGACCAGGGAAUUUUGGAUACUUCGAUACUGUCACAAUACAGUCAAUCGCAGACUAGUCAGAUUCAACCAUCCGAAGAGAAAAAAACAAAAGAAUCUCCGCUAUGUAUAAACGGUAUUGCUGAUGGUGAUGUAAGUGAGGAAGCGAUAUCAUUUGAUUGCAUGCGAGAAAAAAAUACUGGUGAAGCUAUUGGAACGAAUUUCCAGGCGGACAAUGAACUUCAUUUUGAUUUUCAAAAAGAAGUCGACUCAACUAUAACCAUGCCAGACGAUGGCAAAUUGAAGGAGGAUAUUAAAAUUAUUGUUAUAAAUGAGGAAACCGAAGAAAAUCUGACAAAUACAGCAAUGGAAGUGGAUAAGCACCAGGAAGUUCUUCAGAUGUCCGAUGAACUAAACGAGAGAGUUACAGAAUUUGAAGAAAGCAUAUUCGAUAUGAAUGAAAAAAAUGUUUCUGUUGAUGAAAAAACUGGCCUAAAUUUGACUUCUGAUAAGGACAGUAGUACUAACUUCAUUUCAAAUUUUACUAAUAAUUCGGAAGAAGUGGAAACUGCAAUAUCUGGAAGAAGUGAGGGAGAGAAUAUUGUUGAUUAUAAUGACGAUGAUUGUAAGGCUGCAAGUAUCAAUCUGCAACCAGUGGAGAAUGCUGAAUCUGAUCUAGAUCCUACUAAUUUCUUUGAAACCUUUACAAAUUUCGCUCCCAGCAUAUCAGCGGUGAAUUUAUCGAAUACUUACCUUGGCAUGGAGACAGAAUUUGAUGCAUCUGCAAUUUUCAAUCUGUCUUCCAUAAUGCAAAACCAGUCUGGACCUAUUGCUGGUGCUAACGACUACAUGGCACUUUUCGGUAAUACCGAAACAAAUGCAUCGUCUCGUGAUGAUGAUGGUUUCGAAUUGGAUUUUGGCAACUCACCCGGUAGAAAUGAAGUCAAAGAUAAGAUAAACAAAGAUAACAAUUUUUUUGAUUUUUAG